UGAAUUUGACUUUUAGUUGUAGUUUUCAGCUUGUUUUUUUCAAGGAAAGUGUUAUUAUUAAUUUUUUAUGUUAUUUUGUGUUAUGUUAAUUAGGUGAAAGAGGGAUAAUUCAUGAAUAAAAUGCUAUAAUUUUAUCGAUAUAAUUUAAGUAUAUUUAAGCAGUCUAUUUGAUAAUAAUAAAAUGGGUAAACGCUAUCACUGUGAUUAUUGUGAUAAAACUAUAGUUGCAGCCCCUUCUUCAAUAAAAACUCAUAACAGAGGAACCUCCCACCAGAAACUAGUUAAUGACCACUAUCAACAAUUUAAAGACCCGGAAAUAAUUUUACAAGAAGAGAGCACAAAAAAGCCAUGCAUGCGAUAUGCAAAUGGUCAAUGCCCUUUUGGGAGUAUUUGUAGAUUCUCACAUUACUCACAAGAAGAGAUAAGGUCUUUACAAAACUAUGUUGCUCAAAAGAAAUUUAAACAACCGGACACAACAUCGUCAUUUGGAGAUAUAUAUGAAAAGAUUUCAAAGAAACCAGCUCAAGAUGAAACAUUAAAUGCUGACCACAGUAUUAUCUAUGAUACCAACGGUGUGACCCACAUUCUACCAUGGUCAUACAAUCCAAUAUUUGACAAUUAUGGGCAAAAUCUUCCACCCAGCUUGAGAAGAUUGAAAAUUGAAGAUUUUAAUGAUAUCAAUAUAACUAACUGGGGAUAGGUAUAGCUUUUGUUGUAUUUCCUAACAAGCCAUCCAACCCGGCUUCAUCCAUGGUACUUAAUAUUAUUAUAAUAUAAAUUAUGUAAGUAAUAUUGAGUAUAUACUAAGUACUAAAUAUUAUGUUAGUGGUAAAUAUUAUAUGUACAGUUUUGUUAAAAAUAGUUAUUACUUUCAUUUCAUCUAUUACUUUUUAAAGUAUGUCAUAGUCGGUAAUAGAGCUGGUGGGUCGUCUAAAAGUAAGCAAAACCGGCAUUAUUUGCCAAGAACAAUUUCCUCCUGUGGAAUGAACUACCAUGUUCGGUGUUCCCAGGCACAUUCGAUGGGGAUACCUGCAAGAAAAAGGUGUAUCUAUUUCUCAAAGGCCGGCAACACAUUCGCGAUGCCCGUAACAUCGCGAGCGCUUAUGGGCG